AACCCCCACGAUGAAGUGCCUGUUACUGUGGGGACCACCAGCUUCGAUGACCUCAUUACGUGUGUGUCGGCACGUGAUAGUCUCCAAAUCAUCAAGAGCCUUGGUUACAACCGACUUAUCCUACAAAUUGGUAGAGGAACGGUGGUACCUGAACCAUUCAGUACUGAAUCAUUUACUCUGGAUGUGUAUAGGUACAAGAAUUCAUUGAAAGAAGAACUUCAGAAAGCAGAUCUUGUUAUUAGUCAUGCAGGUGCAGGAAGUUGUUUGGAGAUUCUGGAAAAAGGAAAGCCACUUGUCGUGGUUAUAAAUGAAAAGUUGAUGAACAAUCAUCAGCUGGAAUUGGCAAAGCAGUUACACAAAGAGGGGCAUCUUUUCUAUUGCACCUGCCAUACGCUUCCUGGGCCGUUAAAGUCAACGGACUUCUCAACCCUGAAAAGUUGUCCUCCUGGCCAGCCAGAAAAAUUUUCUGCAUUUUUGGAUAAAGUUGUUGGAUUACAAAAAUAAAUGCUAAACUUUCAACAAUUUAAAAAUACCCCCAAAUCCAACCUAUACAAUGUGAUUAAAUCAAGUGUAUAUAUUUGCAGAAUGAUAUAAAUUAAUAAAAUUCGUAUAUCUGUAGAAGGCAUAGAAAAUUUUAUGGUGUGGACAUUUGCAUUUGGGUCCCAAUCCUAACUGCAAUUUAGUAAACCUUGAUUCUCCGUAAUCUUCACAUUUUAGUAAAAAAGAUGUAUAGUGGGCAUUCACAGGUUUUAUCCUAGAAUCCCAAAUGGUUUUGGAAUCAUGAAAAAGUCAGUUAAAUUUGAAAACUUUUUAAGAAAAAGUUCUUGAUAAGAACUAUAAAUGUAGUUAGUUUGAUGUUCCUUAGAAUAUAAAAUGAAUGAGUGUCAGCACGUAUAACUUCACAGUCGGGGGAGGGGAGGCAAACAAAAAUGAUAGAUUGUGCUCUGUGAAAAAAAUGCUCAAUCAUUGCCUUAAAAAGGUUAACUAUGAAGUCAGUUGAUGUAUUGUACCUAGUCAAACUACUUUCAUCCUGAAGAACAGAGGAGAAUGGCUGUGCUAACUUUUUUCUCUAAACUAUAAAUAGAAAGUGAGAAAAUAAUCUCAUCCAAUGUCAAAACUUUACUGGUUUGAAAAGAAUAAAUUACAAAAGACUUCUAAAAAAAAAGCAAAAGAGAAAGGCAUUAUCAGACAUACAAAAGCUGAAAAAUUACAUCCCCAGCAGAACUGCACUAGAGGAAAUGUUAAAGGAAGCCCUUCAGACAGAAAAAAAAAAAGUCUCCAAAUGUAAAUCUGGAUGUUAUGAACAACUUUCUACCAGUAAGUUAAUUGAAAGAGAUAAACAUCCAUAAACCAUUCAUGAAGAAUAGCCCUAUACAAUCCCUCUACUAAGUGUAUACCCCAAAGAAUUGAUUUUUACACACUGGUUUUCACAGUGGCACUAUUCACAAUUGCCAAAAGAUGGAAGGAACCCAAGUGCUCAUCAAUCAGUGAGUGUAUUUAAAAAAUAUGGUAUAUAGAAUGGACUUUUAUUCAGCAUUUAAAAGGAAUGAAGUUUUGAUUCAUGUCACAACAGGGAUGAACCUUAAAGACAUUAUGUUGUAUGAAAUAAGUCAGACACAAAAGGACAAAUAUUUUGUAAUCUCACUGUUAAGAAAUUGUUAGAAUAAGUACACUCAUGAAGUUAGACUCUAGAAUGUAGGUUACCAGGGACUGGGUUGGGGUAAGGAAUGGGGUGUUAAUGCUUAAGUUGUACAGAAUCUCUAUUUGAGUUGAUUAUAAAGUUUUGGAAAUGGAUGGUGGUUAUGGUAGCACGACAGUUUGAGAGUAAUUCACAGCACGGAAUUAUAUAUGUGGAUGUGGUUAAAGAGGGAAAUUUUAGGUCAUAUAUAUGUUACUAGAGUAAAAAAUUAGAAGAUAAAAUGUAAAACUACAACAUAGUGAACCCUAUUGUAAACCAUGCACUAUAGUUAAUAGUACAAUUACAAAUUGUUCUUUCAUGAAUUAUAACAAAUGUACCACACUAAUGCAAUGUGUUAAUAAUAGGGUGGCAUAUGAGAAAAAAUACACCCUGAUGUGAACCAUGGAUUACAGUGAAUGGUACAAUUAUUAUAUUCUUUCAUGAAUUGUAACAAAGGUGCCAUACUAGUGCAAAGUGUUAAUGAUAAGUGGUAGGGUAUAUGGGAACACUGUAUGUUCUACAUGAUUUUUCUAUAAACCCACAACUUCUCUAAUUAAAAAAUGUUUAAAAAAGAAUGGCCCUAUAUUUAUGGAGGAAAUUAAAUUUAUAGUUACAAACUUUCCUAUGAAGAAAACUUGAGAUGGCCUCAUGAUGUAAUUCUCCAUACUUUUAAGGAAGUAAUAAUAUCGAUUCUAUAAAACCCUUCCAGAAAAUCAAUAUUGCGGGAAUACUUCCCAAUUCAUUUUAUGAAGCCAGAAUUACCCUGAAACCCAAACCAGUCAAUGUCAGUUUAACAGAGGAAAACUAAGACCACUAUCCCUCAUGAACAUAGAUGCAAAAAUCCUAAAUGAAAUUUCAACAUAAUAGAUCAUUAUUGCAUAGGAUCCCACCCACCCACCCCCCGCUGCCGGGCAUGAUUGAUUUAGCAUUUGUAAAUCAAUCUAUGUAAUUCACCACAUUUACAAACAAUAAAAACCAUAUGAUCAUCAUAAUAGAGGCAGAAGAAGUAUUUGACAAAACCAACAUGUGUUCCUGAUACAAACUCUCAGCAAAGCAGGAAUAGCAGGGAACUUCCUUAGCCCGAAAAAGGACAUCUAUGAAAAACCUUUAGCUAACAUAAUGCUUAAUGGUGAAAUACUGAAUGCUUUCCCCCCAAAGCAGGAAUAAGAGAAGAAUGUCUAUUCUUACCUCUUUUAUUCAACAUUGUACUGGAAUGCCAGUAAAAUAUGACUAAAUAAAUAAAUAAAUGGCAUCCAAAUUGAAAAGGAAGACAUAAAAUGGUCUUUUUUUCUCACAGAUAACAUGGCUAUCUUUGGAAAAUCUGGUGGAAUCCACAGAAAAGCUAUUAGAAAUAAUCAGUGAGUUUAGCCAGGUUGCAGGAUAUCAGGUCAAUAUACAAAAAUUGAUUGCAUGGCUGUAUAUUUGUAAAGAACAAUCUGGAAUUGAAAUUAAAAAUACCAUUUACAAUAGCUUAAAAAUAUGAAAUACUUAGGGAUAAAUCUGAUCAAAAAUGUGUAAGUAUGCUGAAAACUCACAUUGCUGAGAGAAAUUAAAGAAGACUGAAAUAAAUAGAUUUUGUUUAUGGGUCAGAGGACUCUAUAUUAUAGUAUAUCAAUUAUCCUCAAUUUGAUCUCUAACACCAGUGUAAUCUUAAUCAAUAUUCCCACAAAUAUUUUUGUAAAAAUUGUCAAGCUAAGCCUAAAAUCUUUAUGGAAUUGCAAGGGACUUAGAAUAGCCAAAACAACUUUGAUGACUAUUGAAAUUUAGAUGACUAACUCCCUGAUUUCAAGACUUACUAUGGAGUGCAAUAACCACAACAGUGUAGGUGGUAUAUGAUAACUUUGUAUUUUGUGCAUAAUUUUUCUAUAAAUGUAUAACUUCACUAAUUAAAAAAAAAAAAAAGACAGCAUGGCCUUGGCAUCAAGACCAACAAAUCAACCCA